AUGACUAGUUUGAACGCACACAUUACACAGGGCGAUCCCGAACAAUUGUUUAGGGUGAUAGAGGUGAUAGGACAGGGCUCAUUCGGUCUGGUAUGCACUUGUAUCAACACAAUGACCAAUAACAUAGUGGCGAUCAAGUUCCUCGAGACAGAGCCCGACGAUGCCAACCAGACGCUGAAACGCGAGAUCACCAUCCUCAAGAACACUGCCGAGUGUCCCAACAUCGUUCAAUAUCACGGCUGCUAUCUUAAGGACAACAAUCUGAUGAUCGUCAUGGAGUACUGCGACGGCGGCUCCGUGCUCGACAUCAUGUCAAUGUGCGAGCGCAAGCUGACCGAGCGCCAGAUCGCCGCCGUCCUCUACGACGUCCUCCAGGGACUGGUCUAUCUUCACAGCAACAAGAUCCUGCAUCGCGAUAUCAAGGCAGGCAAUGUACUAUUAAACAGACAAGGCAAAGCCAAGCUCUCAGACUUUGGAGUGUCGGCCAUCCUCGUCAACACUGGUUUCAAACAGAAGACUGUUGUCAUAUUUGUCAUCCCAUUCCGCCAGGCACCCACACUGGAGGUGCCUGGCAACUGGUCCAAGGAGUUCAACGACUUUGUCACGAUCUGUCUGAACAAGGAGGCCGACAAGCGGCCCACGGCCAAGGAGCUGCUGGAACACCCAUUCAUUCAGCGCGGCAAGAUUGACUGCGACAAGAUCAUUUCAGAGCUGGUGGAGGAGUCGAUACCCGUCAUGCAGGAGUACCGUCGACGCAAGGCAGAGGAGGAAUACGAGGACGACGAAGAGCCCAUUGGCGCAGGCGUCGUCGAGAAGGGCACGCUGUUCAAGCUCAACACAGCCACCAACACAGCCACCGUGCUGGCCGACGGCGGCACGCAGCAGUCCAACGGUGGCACGUUCAUCCACAAUCCCAAUGGCGACAGCUACUCUGGCUCCAACAGCAGUGGCACCGUGGUGUUCUCGAGUCGUGGCGGCACCACCACCUCCAAUUGUAACAGUAUUGUAUUCAAUAGCACCAGUAACAGCAGCAGUCUGUACGCCGAUCUGGACGAGUAUGACAGCGGCUCGGUCGUCUUCCAGGGCACGCUCAAAGAGAAGUUUGAAAAGAUGAAGCUACAGUAUGAGCAGGAUCAUUACAACAACAGUGGUGGUGGUGAUACAGGCUCAGUCAUAUUCAACAACACAGGCAGCAACAACAACAAUGACAACGAUGAUGAUGAUGAUGACGAUGACGACCAACAAUAA